UGCAAAAAGAAUGACACAUAGAGAAAGGGACAGAGGUACUGAUAUAGAAAGAAUAAAGGGAAGGGCACAGAAAGCGGAAAAAAAAGAAAGAGAAUAAGGGUUAGAGAGAGAGAGAGAGGGAUUUUAUAUAUAUAUUUAUAUAUAUAUAUAUAUACAUAGAGAGAGUAAAGGCAGAGGGGAAAGGGUAGAGGAGCGCUAGAGAAAGAGAAGCUGUAAUGAAAAAGGGAGUAAAAUUAUCAUCAUCAUCAUCAUCACUAUCAUCAUCAUCAUCAGGCAACAACGAACAAACAGUAAAGAAGACAAAGAAAGUAGAGCGACGUCACACACACACACACACACACACACACACACACACAUAUAUAGACAUAACAGCCGUAAUGGAUGCUGCUCUACAGCAAACAUAGAGCCGAGAUGUUCAGUUUCUUUGGCCACAUUACUCAAGUUUGUUUCUUCGUUGCUCUACCGACUACUAAAGCGGUUUCUGCAGCAAGUGUAUCAGUUUAAUUGAAGCAUAUGUAAUAGAGUUAUUACCAUCAGAACCCACUGGUUACGUUCUUACAGCCACUGAAGCUUGAUUAGAAACUCGUCCCACAAACUUCCCAAACUCAGAUUAACGUGUAAAGGACUGUAUGCUGUUCAGAGUAUGUUCUAGGCUAAGAUGGAGAGGUCUACACCACAUAUAGCUAGAACCCACGUUCCUGAGAAACGGAUGCCUAAUGAAAUGUGUUCACUGCCAGUUCCAUCUCAGAGAAUUCUUAAUCAUGUUGACAGCAAGUUCUACCAUCCAGAUCUGUACAGCUUCCAAAGUGCACAGCGGUUGCCCCAUGUUGGGGAGACUGUCUUCCCAACAGAUGUCUACCUAAAGCAACUGGCACAGCCGUAUUUUGUCACUGCUCUGCCGACCGCUGUUGCUGUUGCGGUCAAUUCGGACAAGUCAUACCAGGAAAAUAUUAAACAAAGUUCAAGCCUUCAACUCCAACAACAACCGGAACAACAACAGCAACAACAACCACAGCAGCAGCAGCAGCAACAACAGCAGCAGCAGCAACAACAGCAACAACAGCAGCAGCAACAGCAUCACCACCACCACCACCAUCAUCAUCAUCAUCAUCAACAACAGCAGCAACAGCAGCAAACACAAUCGCAGUCAUUAAGUAAGAACUUGAAGCAUUCAUCUGACUCACACGUUUCAUCUCAGUCAACCUCAAUGUCGUCAAAAGAGAAACACAUCUAUCAGUCCAACUCGUCAAAGGAUAAUCAACCCAGCACUACUUCAACAGACGAAGAUACCUCAUCUAAAGGACUAAAACAGAGCUACUGUGAAUAUUGCGGUAAAUAUUUUGCCCAGGAAUAUGUUUUGCAAAUGCACCGACGCACCCACACUGGAGAAAGACCCUACCAAUGUGAAUUUUGUCUGAAACAGUUUGCUCGUAGGGACACACUGCAAGUUCACAGGCGGACCCACACUGGGGAGAAGCCAUAUCAGUGUGACGUGUGUUUUCAGUACUUUGCUCAGAGGGAUUAUUUGGUCGUUCACAAACGAUCCCACACAGGAGAGAAACCGUUCCAGUGUGACUUUUGUAUCCAGAAGUUUGCUCGGAGGGAUACACUACAGAUCCACAGGAGAAUUCACACAGGAGAGAAGCCAUUCCAAUGUGACGUGUGUCUGAAGCAGUUUGCGCAGAGAGAUAAGCUACAUACUCACCAGAGAACACACAACCGCAAAAAGAAGUUUCAUUGUGACAUCUGCCUGAAGCAGUUUGCUCAUAGAGACUAUUUACAGAUACAUCGCAGAUCUCACACCGGAGAGAAACCAUUCCAGUGUGAUUUCUGCAUCCAGAAGUUCUCUCGCAAGGAUACCUUGCAAAUACAUCGACGGAUACACACUGGAGAGAAGCCGUUCCAUUGUGACAUCUGUGGCAAGAGGUUUGCUCAGACAGACAAGCUACGCCGCCAUAAACGUACACAUCCAGAGUUUAAUGCCACUGACCCAUCAAAAUCGUACCAAAAUGCGAACAACAGCAACAACAACAACAAUUACAACAGUAAGCUGUUACCUACUUCUAACAUGAUGUCAAAAAUUCCAUGUUCCAAACCCAGUGGUAACCUAUCACAGAUGAAUAAUACAUGUUGGAUGCAAAACCAGGAACAACGAGUCAAUGAAACAAGUUCUUCUGUUUUACAGUUUUGGCAAUGAAAGAAAGAAAAGGAAUUAACAAAUGAAAUGAAAGAAAGGAAACUACUUCUUUCAAGCAAUGAUAGGUAGUUCCUUUUGUCUUAUGCACUGGACCAAACAAACAAAAAAAAAAUACUGUUUUUAAUCCCCUACUUGAACAUAAUAAUAUCAAACUUCAGCAACUCUGAUACCAAGAGAAUCAACCAUGUUUUUCAAAGCUAACUCAUAUAUCAAACUAUUUUAUUCCAGCCAACAUAGAAAAUAUAGUUAUUAAAACAAACUGUUCAAGAUGAUGUUGAUGAUGAUGAUGAUAAUGAUGGUGGUGAUGGAAUGUGUCUAUGCAACACAACACUGGCCUUCGUAUCUGGAACGAUGGAGAUUUAUGGCCAGAAACUUCACUCAAGGAAUGGUCAUCUCAAACCUUCCAUCCUGCUUCAAAUUUCAAUAAAAGUUAAAUUAAAUGCUGCCUGUCUUAUAAUUAUUAGCUGAACCCAUGGAAAUUCCAUGCUCGUUGACAUAUAAGACUUGAGACAAGGAUUAUUCUGGGAGGUCUUUUAACUCCUUCUCUCAUCUAGUGUAAAUAAUACUCAAUACAUUCUCUUUCAUUUCAUAUUUACUCCUUCUCUGCUGCUGCUCAUUUUUGUGAGUUUUCCCCCUCUGCUUUUCUCAUACUUGUUACCUAUAGCCUCGUGUCCCUCUCUCUCUCUCUUCUUUGCUCACAUCAUCUGUUGCUGUCCAUAUUUUAUGAAAUCAAAAAAAGAAAAAAAAGAUGUAAAACGUUCAGUCUUCAUUGUUUUGCAGAUGACAAUUGCUUGCGCCAAUGGUGCAGACAUUAAAUCAUUGAAGAUUUUUUAAAAAAAUUAGUUCAAUAAAAAUAAAAAGAAAACGUA